AUAGACCUGUGAGUUCAUUUACUUGUUUUGCUGUAGCUGUGGUAACAGGAUAAAGACCACGCACUGGACCCAAUUUACUAAAAACAUGAAACUGUGUGACAAGAAAACAUGAGUGUAACCCCUCAUUCUUCUGAAAGUGGAUUAACCAUGGCUUCCCGUCCUGCUCAAUUUGCAGAACUGAUUACAACUAAACGUGUCUGUUUCUACAAGAGUGGAGAUCCCCAGUUCAGAGGGCUAAAGAUGAUCAUCAAUAAUCGUACCUUCAAGACCUUUGAUGCCCUGCUGGACACCUUGUCUAAAAGAGUUCCUUUACCUUUUGGAGUGAGGAACAUCUCUACCCCACGCGGGAUACAUGUCAUUAGCACUCUUGAUGAGCUAGAAGAUGGGAAAUCAUACAUUUGUUCUGACCAAAAGAAAGUAAAGCCUAUAGACUUGGAAGUGGCAAGUAAAAAGCCCAAACCUUGGCAUUGCACCAGACCAGUCAGUGGCCGUCGACGUGCCAUACAGUUAAAAAAGCAGAACGAGGGCCAGCUGUUUCAGCGGGAGAAUUCUGUGGUGGUACGCACCCCCAAGAAAAUUGUGGUCUUCAAAAAUGGGGAUGCUGGAAUCAAGCACACGCUGAUGUUGCAAAAGAAAACAGCACAGACUUUUGAGUCACUUCUUGAUCUUGUAACUGAAGUGAUGCAGUUCCCAGUCUUAAAGCUCUACACACCAGAUGGAAGGCGGGUUGAUGGUCUUCAGGCUCUGAUUUUGUGCUCUGGAGUUGUAGUAGCAACAGGCCGAGAACCUUUCAAAGCUGGAAAAUAUGACCCCCAAAGACAGAGCCUACCUACCAAAUUGCCAGGAAUUUCCAAUCGUGUAAACCCAAAACCCAUCAACAAGAUACAGCAAAGGAAUCUUGGCAGAUGGAAAGUCUCAGUUCUGACCAGUGCAUUACCAUUAGCUGGUACCAGUUCACAAGUUUAUAUCAUACUCUAUGGUGACCAGGGCAAUUCAGGAUCUGUCUAUCUGUAUGGAAAUGACAAAGAUCUCUUUCAGAGUGGCCAUGAAGAUAUUUUUGAAAUAAAAGCAGGGAACAUUGGAGAGCUGUACAAAAUACGAAUUGGGCACAACAACUCUGGAGAAUCCCCAGGCUGGCAUUGUGAUGAGGUGCGACUGCAGAACCUUUUCACAGAGGAGAUGUUCUUCCUUCCUGUGAAUUACUGGUUGUCUCGGGAUGAGAAUGAUGGGGAGAUUUGCAGGGAAGUGCCAGUUUUAUACCAUGGGCGCCAAGUUCUACCAGUUACUGUGUAUGAGGCCCAUGUUGUGACAGGAGACCUGUGGAAUGCUGGAACAGAAGCAAAUGUUUACAUUACUGUUUAUGGGGAAAAGGGUGACACUGGCUCAAGACAGCUUCUCAACUCCAGGAAGCCCAUUAAGUUUUGCAAAGGACAGACUGAUAUCUUUACUCUGGAAGCUGUUAAUCUGGGAAGUUUGCGCAAGGUUGUAAUAGGACACAACGGACUUGGACAAGGAAACGGCUGGUUUCUGGAGAAAGUUGUGCUAAUUGACUCUUGGAAGGACAUGGAAUACACCUUUCUUUGCAACAGGUGGCUAGACCAAGGUGAGGAAGAUGGUAAAAUUGUGAGAGAGCUGUAUACUGCAGAUUCCUUUACUGCAAAACAAGAGCUGGAGCACAAAAUAAAGGAAAUUUGGGCCGCUGAAAGAUGGAAGUUUCAGAAGGGGAAUAUUGUUCAGUUAUGUUGCAGACUAACUGGAAAAUGUGUAUGUCUCUAUCCAGAUGGCACAGUGGAUGCCCUUGGCGAUAAAAAGGACACGCAUGGUUAUUUUGACAUGACAGUGAAAAGGGGAAAUAUCCGAGUGUUUCAUAGCUUGCAGAAUCCACACCUUGCUCUCAGCAUUGACCAGAACAGAGUCACCGCCUUGGAAAAUGGUGGCACUCUGUGUGAAUUACAAGUCUGCAUUCAGCCAAGUCGCUUUGUGACUUUAGAGUCGGUACGAAUUCCAGGGUUCAAUGUCACUUUUAACCCAGAAGGAAGUCCAGCAGAUGGAGCGACUAGCUACUCUGGGCUUUCCAGAGAGUUUGUGGUUCAUGUGAAGGGUGUCCUUCGGAAUGGAGCAGUGGUCCUGCUCAACAGCAGUUUGAGCCAGUCUCUGUGUAUCACGAGGGAUGGUCAGUGUGUUGGAACAGGAAAGCAGGCUGAAGAGUCUUAUCUGCGAGUGCAUAAAAUCAGCUCAGGGGUUUACAUGUUUGAGAGCGUGCAGACCCCGAAGAUGUACCUGAAGAUCAAGGAUGGCCGAUGUGAUGGAACAGGUACCGGUGACCAAUAUUGUCAAUUCAAAGUAGAAAAACAUUUUCAGAAUGGAUCGUUAAGCCUUGAAUCACUGAAAAUGAGGGGGAUGUACAUAGGGCUUCUUCCAGAUGGACGAGCAAAGCCGUUAGUGCACACUGGAGAGACCAACAUCAUGUUCUACCCACAGGUCAUUAAAUAUGGCAGGGAAAAGCCAACAGGCACAUCUGCAAACCUGAAUAAAGAGACCAAAGCUGAGCAAGAGCCUGUCAAACACUUCACACCGGCUCCACCAGCUUCUCCUAUCUCACACAGGAGAGAAAUCAAAAACAGACGUGUGGUGGAGUCCCUUGUCCCCUCAGGAGAUCAGUGGAGCGUUUCAGUUCUGACAGGCAGUGAAGCGACUCAGGCUGGUGUCUUCCUGUGGGUGUAUGGAGACCAGGGAGUGGCUGGACCCAUCAUGCUGGGUAGGGCCAACAGAACCAAGCUGUUUGUUCCAGGACAAGAGGAUGCAUUUCAGGUCAAUAUAAGCAAUACUGGCAAAAUAUAUAAAAUAAGGAUUGGACAUGAUGGAUCAAGCGAUCAGCCACAUUGGAAGUUACAAAAGGUGACAAUGAGAAAAAUCAAAGGAGGCCCAACACUGAAGUUUGAUGCUAACAAGUGGUUGUCAAGAGAUCGUGGGAAUGGAGAAAUUGAGUGUGAACUCCCUGUAAUAAGAGAAAAAGAUGGCAAGCCAGUACAUCCAGUUGUUCAGUAUCAAGUGAAUGUAUACACUGGACACCUGGAUCAGGCAGAAACCCAGUCUCCGGUUUUCAUCUGUCUGUACGGGGAGCGAGGAGACACAGGACUGCGCCUCCUUCAUAAAUCAGACCUCCCCUGCAAACUCCAGAGAGGACAGGUGGACUUGUUUCAACUAGAGGCAGUGUCCCUGGGUAAACUGCAGAGGGUACUGUUGCGGUGUGAAGCACAGACUAAAUCUCAGUACUGGUACUGCGAGAAAGUCAUCAUCAGGGAAUCAGGGGAGGACUCUGAGUACAUCUUCAAUUGUGAAAGAUGGCUUCCUUAUUCAUCCCAGGGUAUUGUCAAGUCUGACGUGGAACUCUUACUGCAAGAGAUUCGAAUAAAUGUUCAUUCUAGUGAGAAAGAAAAGGCGCAUGCUGGAGACUGGAAGGUUACAGUAGUGACUGGGGAUUUCCAUUCUGCCAGCACUGAAGCAACGGUCUUCCUCUUCGCUUAUGGAGACAUUGGAGAGUCAGGUCCUAUUAUCCUGGGAUCUGGAAAGCAUCAGCUUUUUAAUCCAAACAGUGCAGAUACAUUCCAGAUUAAUUUGAAGGACCUAGGGGAAUUGUACAAAUUACGUAUUGGCCAUGACAACACUGGAGAAGACCCUGGUUGGUACUUAGAGGAGGUGAUUCUACAUGAAUUGGCCACACAGAAAGAGAUGUCCCUUCCUGUGAGGCAAUGGCUGGCUGAAGAUAAAGAUGUUGGAGAUGUAUGGAAGGAACUGGCUGUUCAUCAGACAAACAAGAAGUCUUUACCAGUGCUGGUGUAUCAGGUUUACGUUUACACUGGGUCCAGGCCAGGAGCCGACACAGACUCUGCUGUUUAUAUUAACAUCUUUGGGUCAAGAGGGGACACUGGUAAAAGGAAACUGCACAAAUCAGUGAAUCAAAAAGUCAUCUUUCAGCAAGGACAGGUUGACAUUUUCAGCAUUGAGGCUGUAUCUCUGGCAGAACUGAGAAAGGUGGUGGUCGAGCACCGUGGAACUGGUCCAGGUAAUGGAUGGUUCCUGGAAAAAGUCAUCAUCAAGUUUGAAGACCAGACCAGAGAACAUGAAAGUGUGUUUCUUUGCAACAGAUGGCUGGAUGAGUACCAGGAUGACGGAAAGACUGAAAGAGAGUUAUUUGUAGAAGGUUAUCAGACAUCUAAAGAAGAUCCCCAGAAAGGGAAAUGGAAGAUUCUUGUGAAAACUUCUAAAGACUCGCCAGUGCCUAAGGAAAUGAAAGCUACCAUUGUAAUCUAUGGGUCAGAGGGCAAAAGCAAUGACAUCAUUCUUUCAUCUAACAAUCCUGCAUUUGUCAGUUUUCUUCCGGGAGCAAGGGAUGAGUUUUUGGUUGAUGCUGGAGAUGUUGGUGACGUGUACAAGAUUCGGGUCAGCUGCGAUGAGCUGACAGACUUUGAGGGCUGGCAUUUUAAGUUUAUUCAAAUGGAAGAGCUGCACACAGGAAAAGAGCUGAACUUUGACUGUAACUGUUGGCUCUCUCUGAGCUUGGAAGACACUGUAAUGGUGAAAGAAUUCCCUCUGUUGACUGAGGGCCAAAAACCUCUACAGGUGAAUCAGUACCUAGUAUCAGUUCACACUGGCGACACCUGGGGAGCUGAAACAUAUUCAAAUGUAUACAUAACCCUGUAUGGAGAAAGAGGGGACACAGGUGUAAGGAAACUUCACAGGUCUUUAGUUGAAGGACAAAAAUUUCAGAGAAACAAGGUUGAUUCCUUUUUGCUGGAAGCAGUUUCUCUGGGUCACUUGAAGAAGGUUGUCGUGGGCCAUGAUGGAGAGGGGUAUGGGGCUGGAAUGUACCUCAAGCUGGUGACAGUGCAGGAGUCGGAGAGGUCCAGUACAGAGAGGGUGUUCCCCUGCUUUAAGUGGCUCGAUGAACAUAUUGGCACUCAGAGCACGGUUUGCAAACUGAAGUCAGUUGGUGAGAGAUUGGUGUCCGGUCCUAAGCAGUUGGAGUUUUCUGGUGUCUGGUUUUUGACACUCUCUGGCUCUGAAGUUGGCAAUAGAGAGAGUCCUGUUCAGCUUGCACUUAACAUUUAUGGAGACAAAGGUUACAAGAAACUGCGACUUCAUGUAACUGGACAGACUCUGCAGCUCAAGGAGGAAUUGGCUGAUGUGGGGACAAUAUACAAGGUGUCUGUGUCUAGCAAACCCGAUUAUAUAAAGCAAUCAUGGAAGCUUAACACUGUUCUUCUGGAGAAUCAUGGAGCAAGGCUGGAAAUGCGACUGGAUUUUAACUGCUGGUUUAAAGAUAAUGCAUAUAAAUGCAUAGAGCUCCCCGCCCUCUAUCCUAAACAAGAUCCUCUCCCUGUUGUGGAAUACACGGUUCAUGUGUAUACUGGUGAUGUAAAGAAUGCAGGCUUCUCUGGCAAAGUUUACCUCUGUCUCCAUGGCGAUAGAGGGGACACUGGAAAGUGGUGGCUAACAAAAUCCAGCAGUGAUCAAAAAACUUUUACUCGAGGACAGGCUGAUGUGUUUAAGAUCGAAGCAGUGCAUCUUGGCAAGAUAAACCAACUUGUGAUUGGACAUAAAGAUCAAAACAAAGAUGACUGGUUUCUUGAGAAGGUGAUUGUGACUGAAGGAGAAAUGCCCACUACACAGCACAUUUUUGUUCACAAUGAUUGGAUUGACAAGCACCCAAAGAAGAAAGGUUUCUGUGAAGUAGCCAUCCUUGUUAAAGAGACAACUGAAAUCUGGCCCAAUCCUAUGAAGGAAUCUGAGGCCAUGAGAAAACAGCAAUGGAGUAUGUGGGUGAAGGCCACUGUAGUACCAGACAGAAUGGCAGACCUUUUUGUAAUUGUGUUUGGGACAGAGGGAAAAUCCCCCUUGACUGAAGUGGAAAACCUGGAGGAUAAACCAUUUCAGAUAAACACUGGGGAUAUUGGUGAAGUGCUGAAGGUGUCCUUUCUCUGUAAGAGUUCGGGUCUUGAGAAAAGCAUCAAGCUGGAAAAGCUACGCAUGAAGGACAGUGUCACAAAACAAGAGCUGGGAUUUCACACUGCAGACCGGUGGCUGUUUGAGGAGACAGACAGCGUGACAGAGCUGGCAGCUAUCAGGCCUGACAGGCCUCCUCUCAGAGAUGUGUUUUACUCAGUUAAAGUAUAUACUGGAGACCUGCCUGCUGCUGGGACAGAUGCCAGCAUCUUCAUCACUCUGUUUGGAGAAACUGGGAACACCUGCAAAAGAACACUGACAAAUCCCAACUCUCCUCUAAUCUUGGAGAAGGGCCAGGUUAAUGUCUUCCGCCUAAGGGCAGUUGACCUUGGCAUCCCCAGUAGAGUGGUGAUUGGACACACUAGUGCUGGCUAUGGAGCUGGCUGGUACCUGGAUAGAGUCACUGUGCAGGAGGUGGCUGAAAAAGAUACAGAGUUUGUGUUUCCAUGCCAACGGUGGUUAGACAGUGGAACUGGUGACAGAUGGACAGAAAGAGAGCUUAGACUCCUUGGAAAAGUCAACAGAAGCAACAGACUGGUGACAGCUGAUCCUCAGGGUGAUUGGGAUGUUUAUGUGGUCACUGGUGACAUUUCAGUCGGUGGUGUUGAUUCAGAAGUAACCCUGGAGGUUUGCUGUGAGAAAGGGACAUGCCCACCGCUCAUUCUUCCCAGAGCCUCGCUCACACCUGGGCACACUUACAAGUCCUCGGUACAAGUGGAUCACAGACUUGGAACUAUCUCUAAAGUUCGCCUGCAAAUGGAAGAAUCUAGAAAUGGCAAGACCUGGUAUUGUCACAAGGUGAAGCUUCAGCACAGAAUAACAAAAGAAUGCUUUGAGUUUCCAUUUUUUCAAAUCCUUGGUCACCAAGAAGAAAGCACAGUGUUGGAACUUCCCGUGAUCAUGAAUAGCUCUGACUUCUUAACAGUGAAAGAGUACACCAUCAUUGUCACCACUGGAAAUUUGGGAGAAUCAGGAACUGAUGCAGAUGUAUUUGUCACUCUUUCGGGGUCAUUAGGGGACACAGGCAAAAGAAAGCUGCAUCGAAAAAGAGGCAAUUCUUUAUUCAGCAAAGAAAAGGUUGAUAUAUUCAGAGUGGAAGCAGUCGAUAUUGGGCGCUUGGAGCAGGUAACGGUGGAGAAAGGAAGAGGCUUGGACUGGUACCUGGACAAGAUUGUGGUGAAGGAGGGAAUAUAUGGAGAGAAAGAGGCUGUCUUUGUAGCUGAAGCAUGGCUGAAGGACACAAACAGAACAAUAGCCUUACCUCUGACAGCCUUUCAAGAGAACAGCAGCAUGGCAGCAUUGCCUCCUGGGAGCCAGCAAAUGACAUCAGAUGGGAUAUGGAGGAUUCACCUAAAGAAACCCAGUAUAGAAGAAUUAGGAAAUACUCUGUUGUCUGUGCCAGACAUGGUAAUGGUACUGUAUGGAACCGGGGGGAAAUCCAGGCCACUGACUUUGGAAAGAAGUGAAUCUCAAAUCAAUGGCAGCACAACAACCUAUGAAAUUAACCUUCAGGAAGACCUUGGGGAGCUGUAUAAAGUUCGAGUGGGACUGAGGAGUCCAAUAGAUAGUGCCACACAGGUUUUUUUGCACUCUUUUAGAAUGCAGAAUACUCACACUCUAGACUCAUUCAUCUGUGCUGUAAAUGAAACACUUCCCUUAAGUUCCAGUGGAGACAGAUGGAUUGAAAUCCCAGUGGAAUGGCCGUUAAAACCCUCCCUGCCUGUCCUUGCAUAUCACGUAACAGUGUUCUCCAGUGAUUUCUUCAAUAAAAGCAGCCCAGCUCAGGUCUCACUAUGUGUUCAUGGCAGGCAUGGGGACACCGGAGACAGGCCACUUCUCUGGCCUCUAUACACACAUGAGCAAAAGGAGGGUGUAAAGGAAUUUACUUUUGAAAUAGGUGCAGUGCAGCUGGGGGAGCUAAACAAUAUUGUGCUAUCCAUUAGCAGUAAAAAGAGUCUUUCAGUAAAUAUGAAGGAAGUACAGCUGAGGGAAGCAACAAAAACAGAGCAUGUCUAUGUUUUUAAAGUGAAUGAGGAGUUUUAUAUUGAUGCUAACAAACUACCAUUAACAAAAGAAGUUCCAUUAUCCACUGUUGUUAACAUGAGUGAGAAGGAGCAACCCAAAGGAACCCUGGUGGAGAACCGUUCAGACAACUACACACAUGACAAGGAAGAUCGGACGGAACUGUUAGUCAGGGUUUACACAGGAAAUGUGCAGAGAGCUGGGACGGAUGCCAAUGUUCAUAUCAUAUUGUUUGGUGACAAAGGUGCCUCAGAAUCAGUUGCACUGACUAAACCGCUAGAGCGGCAGGAUCCUUUUGAAAAAGGCCAGACUGAUACUUUUAAAAUUAAAACAAGAUCAGUCGGCAGGCUGUACAAAAUUGAGAUUGGCCAUGAUGGAAAAGGACUUGGAAGUGGAUGGUUUCUGGAAAAGGUUGAAAUCACACCAACAUCCUCUGAGACAACCUAUGUGUUUCCAUGCAGCAGGUGGCUUUCUGUGGAUGGGGACAAGGAAAUCACUCUACAGAUUCAUCUUGGAGAAACCCUUAUGGGAAACUCAGCAGACAGAGGGUAAAAACCAGAGUUGGAAAAGUGUGCAUCACCCAAAUCUCAGGAUAAAAGCUUCUGUUAGUAAUAAUAAUUGUGUUCUGCUUAUUAUAAUGGUGUAACAACUGUGAUGAAAGGUUAAAGUGUUUUUUUUUCUUUCUAUUUUGUACUUUUUAUAAGAAUGAUAAUUUGUAUUUUUAAAUAACUUUAAUAUUGUUUUGCUCAUGGGAUAUAGCAUAUUGAUUAAACAAAGGGUUUAUAAACUGCUUUUUUUCUCUGAGAAUGUACUGCAGGUCCAAUCUAUUGAUUAUGUGAAUUACUGAAUUUAAAUGAUGAUAUUCCUCUGUUUUGAUGAUGUGAUUACAGUUAGUUUGAGUCAGAAUCAUGAACCAUUAUAUAAUAUGAUCUGGUAAGUCUUUUUGUAAGAAAGAAACACAAUUCCUUUCUGUGAAAACUUUAAAAAAAUAUGAUUUAUUAAACUGUUAAAGUAUUUUUUUACAUUUUAUUUUAAUUAAAAAUGUUGCUAAUAUUGUGAAUUGCAUAUUGCAUUUGAGAACAAUAUACAGUAGAGAGACUGUACGGUACUCUGUACAAAAUCUCAUUUCUGAUCACAUAAGUGCACCUCAUUACAUAGGAGAGGUCACAUCCUUAGAGAGAUUUCAGCAUUGAAGACAAUACACCCUACUGCCUU